AUGUCAACGAACUCCCCUUCGCGAGCGCAAGGGCCAAUAAUCCCGGCGCAACAAGCCCUGGAGUUUAUACCCCCGACACUUCACAGAAUUCCGCACCCAAAGAAAACGGAACUUCACGAAGAAGGUCGGCACGCGAAUCGAAGGAGCAAAAGGAAGAAAAUGAUGAGGAGUCGGAGCCCAAGGAGACGCGGACCCGCUCGUGAAUUGACCCUGGACGAGGAGAUCGAGCGGUUACAGAAGGAGAUGUUGAUGAUCGACAACGAGACCCAUCCGGAAUUGUUGCGGCUGUACGACGCGUACGCGAAGCGGCGGAAACUGCAAAAAGAGUUGGAGGACGUUGAGGCAGAGAUCGUUGGAAAGUCGAUGGCUUACCAGCGAACGUGCUGUGCGGCCCGACGAUUCCCAUUCAUGACCCUUGAGGCUGCCGAGCAGAAGCGACUGGAAGCGGAAAUUGAGGCCAAGGAGAAGGAAGCGACGCAAGAAUCCGACAAGCGAGCAUCACAAAUCGUCGAGCAGCUGCUGAACGAUUACGAUAAGGAGAUCAAAAAGUCAUUUGGGCCCGACUCGAAGGGCAAGGCGCGGAACAGCGAGUACGCCGAGGUGGUGCUCAGCAAGGGUCGAUUUGUGUACAACAACAAGAGCUACAAGCCCGGCGAGGAGGUGCACGUCGAGACGAAGGAGUACGGCCGGAUACCCGCCAAAAUCGAUACGAUCAACGAUGAGGUGGUCCUAUUCAAGUCGACGUUCACGUGGGAUGUGCGUCAGAUCUGCGCGUCGCUGUCGGAUUUCGCCGAGGGGCGAGUGAUCAUCCACACGAAGAAGAGGGCCAAUCAA